UAGUUCGCUUUAGUACGAGCGUGCUUUCGGAUAGCGCAUCUUGUGAACUCUUCCGAGGUAUAAAAGAACGUAACAUAGUGAUUCACGAACCCAUUGCUUUACGUAUUCGACCACUGGAACACGAAAUCAGAAGUGAAGCGGCUUUUAUUAUCCGGUAGCAACGAUGCGGUGGAUUACUUUGAUAUUAUGCUGCACGCUAGUUUCUAUAGCAAUUGCUGACCCGGAUCCCAAAAAGUACAAGCCAGAAGCAGUGGAAAAAGACAAAAAAACAGGUGCACUUAGUGAUGACGAAAGAAAAUUUUUACGAGAAGUUGAAGAAAAGUUUGGAGUUAAAUCUGAUGUUCCUAGCGUGAAAAAGGGAGACGUAGAAAUUAAAGAAGAUGAAAAGAGCAGUAAUGAUACGAAACCUGUAGAGCAAAAACUAACUUUCCCUGCUGUAAUUGCCAUAGAAAUAGUUAAUGAUACAGACUCUAAAUAUAAAGGAAAAAGAACAAUUGAUGCCAACUUAGGGUACGGUUAUAAGACCAAUAAUGGAUAUACUUACAGUUAUUUUGGAAAAUCAGCGCAAGAUAAAGGAAAGUUUAUGAUUUAUCCUUACUCACAAGAAGAUAUUCCUGGACAUCAAACUAUCUACAAUUCUGAUUAUAUGCAAGUUGGAAGCAAGUAUCAAAAAACUACAACAAAUGUAGAAAUACAACCUUCCCAAGCUUAUGAACUAGUACCUGUUAAAGAUGAGCAUCCAUCUUAUGAUUAUAAGAAACCUGAGAUCGAAUUCAAGACUCCUUCACCACUAACAUCACAAAAAUCAAACGAAUCGCCUUCAUCAACUUUGUACACUACAUACAAUGGCCAAGAAUUCUCAGGUUUAAGUGCGCAAUUUCCUACAUUAAUGCCGAAUUAUUUCGUUAACCCCUCGCAAUUGCUUACUAAUCCCCAAUAUCAGAAUGCUGGAUUAACACAAGAUGUAAUACGAUCUCAUCAGUCUCAGUUAGGUCAAAGAAUAGUACCUGUAUUGGUAUUAAGAAUACCAAGUUCUUCGAUAAAGAAUCCUUCAGCAGAGCUUUACGCAAAUCUACCCAAUAAUUAUCCACUAUCAUCUUAUCUAAAUAAUGUCAAUUUACAACAGUUGGUAAAUCAAUAUUUCAAAAAACAUGGUUAUUCAUUCGCUCCCCAAAUCAUGGCUUAUCAAAAUUCUCCAGUAGCUCAAACUGAAAGUGAGCCGCAACAUUACGCUAAUCCAUAUGUCAAACCUUCAUACACCCAGGCUGAUUACUCAGGCGUUCAGUAUUCUGCCGUUAAACCAGUAAUGGCUAGAUAUCCUUCUAGAUAUAACCAACCAAAAUAUUUUGUGGCACAGCCACAAUCGCUCUAUCGUCAACCAACACAACAACAGUAUGAGUACCAAUAUCAAUAUGUACCACAAAUGGCUGGACCGUCCCAGGACCACUACGUUCAACCUCAAUAUCAACAACCGGAACAUAUACAGCAGUACCAAACCUUGCACACUACAGUUCAACAGGGUGAAAACGUUCCAGAAUCAUACAAUGUUGAGUACAAGUCACCGGCGGCUAGCCAGGAAGCUUUGCCAGCAACCUAUGAUACCCCUAAUGUAGAACAACAAAGCAGUAUUCAGCCGAAUCCAUCGUAUUAUUCCUCAGCCGAUGUAGAAUCUCAGUACGAAGAGGAAAGUGAAAACGCAGCAUAUUCUAAAGAAGCAGUACAGUCGAACUAUGACCAUGGUAAAACAAUUCCUACUUCAUAUACGUCUAGUUCAUCAAGUCAAAAAGAUACUGGAGUAUCAGUAAUUCCCUCACGUCUUAUUCACACUGAGCAAUAUGAAGAAAGUAGUGGGGUCAGUCCGGGACAAGAUGUAUAUUCCUACCAAUCGCAUGCCGCCGCAGGCCAGUCACCAAAAGGAUUUGCGCUUUCUGAAAACUACCCAAGCAAAGAUCAUACGAUAGCGACAGUGUUUCCGUAUCCGUAUAAUGCUCCGCAGAAACCGAAACCAAGCGUUCAAACUGUAAGCUAUGUUACUCCAAUGCCAUCUGCAAAAUAUCAAUCUCAAUACAAAAUCAUGGUGCCACAAACAGUAUUCAAAUCACCCAACAGUGAAAAGAUAUCUUAUGUGAAUUCGUCACCGAUGCAUUAUCUUCAAGCUGGACGUUAUACUCAAGAUGUAAAUCCUGAGGAAGAAUAUUCAGUGAGUUCACAAUACGUACCAGUAGCAAGCAAACCUUCUUAUUCUCGUAAUUACCACUCCCUUCCGAAAAGAAUGUCCAAACCAGACAAUAAAAUGGAAUCUUCUGUGAAAGUCGCUGUGAAAAAGCAAGGCGCGAGAAGUGAAACGAAGAAGUCGUCGUAAAUAUUAUAAAACUGUGGAAAAUUGAGUUGUAAAUAUAGAUGGUAAUUAAAUUUAGUCAGAGUAUUGUCAUAUUUAAACUUUAAAGAGAAGUUCUGUUAACGGUAGUAUAAGAUAAUAAAACAAAUUAUAAACUUCUUUUGGGACUAAUAAUUAUGUAGUUCGUCAAAACUGACUUUAUAUUUAAAUAAAAGCAACUUAGGUAUUAUUACUCUUAGUAUAUGACACAGAUUUCAACAUAAAAUUUAUAACUAAACAAGAGUAAGGAAACUUUGAGUAUUAUUCAAAUUAUAUCGAAAUGAAUUAAUUUAUUUUACGUCAGUAUAAGUGACACAAUCUGACUGUUAAAACGUGCAAUAUUUUAAAAAUUACUUAUAGAUAAAUGAAAC